AUGCAAAGUUUGGAAUACGGAAAUGCGAAUGUCGAAAACGUGGAAAUACGAAAAUGCAAAAUAUAUUUUGGAGAUGUGACAGAUGUCGGGUCUGGGUCUAGGAUUAACGAGCAGUAAUUGUCAAAUCACAAUUGCAUUUCAAUUAAACAUAUGAAGGCUUCAUUAAUAAACGAGAUCAAGUUCUUGUCGUCCAUUACCUUCGCAGCGAAUCGCAAAUUAUCGUUUCGAAUACACUGCAUGAAAUGCCAAGCUUUUUGUGAUUUUUUAAUCACGACAUAAAUGUUCAUGUAUAUAUUGUCAAUCAGAGAACAUAUCGAAAUACCAGAGUCAUUUCCUGUUAUUGUUUAAACUAAAAAUAGCUGUUGUGACGGAAGGGACUCCUUCAGGGUUCGAGGAAAGUGGGAUUUACCUGCAACAGGAAUUUUAACAUGUAAGGGGUUUCACCAGUUCGUGGAAUAGAUUUUUUUAGCUAGGGUCGAAAUGCAUUUCAUUUCGAAAGUAACACCCCCAUAACCUAUUUAAAGAGAAGACUUGAAAAUAUCUGUUGCUGUUCGCUAGAACUUUUCUCCUGAAAGCAUCUCAAGUAAAAAGACUGAAGAGUACUAAUAUUGUCAAAGGUUGGUGCGAUAAUUGCUUAUAUAGUAGUUAAAUAUAUCCACAUAUACUAGUAACAAACAUUUUACAAUGUUUACUUUGGUACCCUUUGAUUAUACACUGUAUGCUAAGUCAUAAGUCGUAGGCCUAAUGUGUUUUCUCGCGUGUUAUGGAAAAUUGAUUCCUAUUUAUUCAAUUUAAUCGCUGUAUAUGGUGUAUAUAAUAUAAAAAUCGCCAAGAUAAAUAUAGCUUGAAUCAAAUCAAACAUCGUCCUAAUCUUUCUCGAAUUCUCGGUAGGAUUUAUGUUUGGGUAUACUGCACAGUAUAUGUCAUAUCUAAAAUAUUCUGACAUUCUCUAAGUAAAAUAUUACUGCUCUUUGAGGUCAUCAGCAGAAAAAUCCUGCGAAAAGGGCACUAACACUAAGACUCCCAACACUUGGAAACUAUAUAAUAUGAAAUUUUGAAGUAUAUAAAUUCAGGGAUUUUUACUAUCUCUAAUAAAACGUAUAAAGCUAUUAAGUCUUGGAAAUAUGAAAUAGAAAGGAUUCCUAGAAACAUGGUUUACUCUAGAAAGCAACUCAGUAAUUGUAAAAAAUGUUUGCAACAGCGACUUAGUCAGAGAAACAUUUACACACAGUUAUAUGUUUGUUCUUCGUAAAGCUUAUAAGGUAUAAACUGUUUUAAUUCCUAUUUAGCAUAAACUAAGGGAGUGUUCAUUAUUUAUAGCCGGGGUUGGUACCGAAGAGAAACUAAUUUAAAAGAGAAACAAUCUGCCACCCAACUCUUUAGCUGACCAUUUUUUCCCUAUACCCAACAAUCGCAUAGUUUGGAUUUUUAAUUUACCCAACCCAAUUUCUAACUCCUAUUCUACAAUAUAUUUUCAACUUAAUUGUAACUUACAAGUUCAUAUUAUAUUACCAAGCCUCCAAGUUCCUGCACUCCUGCCAUAUCUUGUAGUUGUAAUCAAAGGGACCUGCUCUUCCAGAUUCUCACCAUCAGUACUAUCAUCUAAAUCUUCAUACACCACAUCAAGUUCAUCAUCACUAACAGUCAUUUUGUAUGGUACUUUCAGAGUCACUUACACUGCCUGAUUCCAGAUCAUUACUCUAAACGUCCUGCUUUUCUUUAACGAUGAACUUAGCAGCAGAUCGUGGGGCAUAGACUAUAACAGCAUUAAUUUUAUCCGACUUUCUACACUUUGUAUUUAGUUGAUGUUGUACUAAAUAUUUGUCGAACUCUGCAGAAUACAAUUUGUUUAUCUUUUCAGAAAUCACUCUAUCAAUCCAAUCAUAAUCCUCGAUCAUAUUUCAUUCUUGCUCUUUAUUUCAUCUUCCUUCUCUCUUCUCUUACUUGCCUAAAGGUUUCUCAAAUGUUCUUGGACGUUUGCUGAAUUAGUUCCUCAUCAUUAAGGGUCAUUGUUGUACAUGUUCUUAAUAUAUGUUCUUGGCUGCCUUAAACAAGGAUUCUAGUCAUCUGGAACGAGCUGCAGGAUCCUAUCUGAAGGAGGCCUAUCCAAUUAUUAUUGGAACAAAACUCACACAGACUAGCAUUUUAUGUAGAAUUGGAACAUGAGAAUUUGACAUACUCCAUGAAUAAGGUACCAUAUAUAUAAUGGGAUGACAUGAACUGCGUUAUUUUGUCAAUAUAUCCCGAUGCAGGUAGUGAUUUAUUCCUUUCUGUGCUGGCAUUUUGGUAAACUUGUAAAAUGUCUUUAUUAAUAACGAACAUUUUACUUGUUUCUUCAGGCAAUUGACGGUGAAUUUAUAUUCGCCAAGUACAGGAGCCCCAUUUAUCCGCUUUACUAACUCUUCUGCAACUAUCUAUGCAAUCUUGGUUUAAAAGUCGGGUCAUUUCAGAAAAUAUCCACACUCCCCUCACAAAAGAAAUUUGUGUCAUUUGGAGAGGAAGAGAGAAAAUAUGUUUUCAUGAUGUAGUAAGUGUAUAUAAACUAUGAACAUGUGAAAGGGAUAGGGGAUUUAAUUUACACUUCCCUCCGUAGGGGGAGGUAUGGAUGAUUUCUGGAAUGACAUAUUUGAAAUAAAGGUUUGCACUGAAAAUAAUUAACUAAACCAUAAACUUCGUUCAAAAAAGAAAUUACCCAACCCUUCAUACUCCAGAAAAACGGCUUACCCAACCCAUCUCUCUUUUGUACCAACCCCUGGUAUAAAUAAUGAACACUCCCCAAGUUGAUUUCCAAAUAUUUAUGAUUACUUAUUUGCUUCAAUAAAAAGCUUUUUAAAUUAUUUCCAGAAAUGUAUUAAUUAUAUAAUGUGUAAUAGAAACUGUAUUUUGAAUAGUUUCUCACUGAAAUAAAUUCAAUACAAACGAUUUCCAAAAUGGUUCGGCGGCAGCCCCCCCAGUUUUUUGGGCAGUCGGGCAAUAUUCGAUCAACAGUCGGGCAAUUUUGGCUUGCAAUAAAAAAAAAUGUGACAAAUUCUGUAAAUUUUGUCUAAAAUUAAAUCAAUUUCUUGGCAAAUUUUGUGAUUUUUCGAAAAUUUUGUGUAUGUUCCGAAAAAUAUUGGUUGUCCGGAAAAUUUUUUUGUCCCCUAAAUUGGUACACUGACCGAAAUUUUUUUGGCGACGGGGAAGGGAGGUCGCCAAAAAAAAUUUUCCGGAAAAAUUUUUUUGGUACUAGUCGGGCAAAAUCCCGAAAAGUCGGGCAAUUUUCUUUCCGCCCCCCCUAAUUUUUUCCUUCCGGUACGCCCAUGGUUCAGAAAAUGUCUCAAAUUACGGUUUCACUCUCAUAAUUAAUCAUAAAAUGUCAAUCAACCUAUUAAUCAAUUAAAGUGGAAGUCAAGUCCGUUCUGCGCAUCGGUUCUGCUCAUAACAAUGUGAGGACCUCUAAAACAUUGUGAACAUUGCCCAAAUUUCGAAUGUUUCGAAUUUUUCUGAACAUAAACUCUAUUUCAUAUUCAUUUAGAAGUAUAGCGAACCAAAAUGGUGUUAGAUAUUCAGACAGUACAUCAUAUUAAAACAAAUACAGCAGUUCAAAAUGUAAACAAACCGUUUGUUUACAUUACGGACUUGACUUCCACUUUAAAGUAAAUAAUGAAAUGCCAAGCUUUUUGUGAUUUUUUAAUCACGACAUAAAUGUUCAUGUAUAUUGUCAAUAAGAGAACAUAUCGAAAUACCAGAGUCAUUUCCUGUUAUUGUUUAAACUAAAAAUAGCUGUUGUGACGGAAGGGACUCCUUCAGGGUUCGAGGAAAGAGGGAUUUACCCUGCAACAGGAAUUUUAACAUGUAAGGGGUUUCAUCAGUUCGUGGAAUAAAUUUUUUUAGCUAGGGUCAAAAUUCAUUUCAUUUCGAAAGUAACACCCCCAUAACCUAUUUAGAGAGAAGACUUGAAAAUAUAUGUUGCUGUUCGCUAGAACUUUUCUCCUGAAAGCAUCUCAAGUAGCCUAAAAAGAUUGAAGAGUACUAAUAUUGUCAAAGGUUGGUACGAUAAUUGCUUUUAGUAGUUAAAGAUGUCCAUAUAUACUAGUAACAAACAUUUUACAAUUUUAUACCUUGGUACCCUUUGAUUAUACACUGCAUGCUAAGUCCUAAGCCAUAAUGUGUUUUCUCGCGUGUUAUGGAAAAUUGAUUCCUAUUUAUUCAAUUUAAUCGCUGUAUAAUAUAAAAAUCGCCAAGAUAAAUAUACAGUAGCUUUGAUCAAACAUUCAAACCAUACAUCGUCCUAAUCUUUCUCGGUAGGAGAGCUCUACCAAUGCACGAUUAAUGUCUGGGUACACCCGUUUCGCUAGAAUCUAGCUUAGUAUAAUAACUAUGAGAUUGGUCGGGAGGCGCGGUAUUUAAACUUGCCGGAUUACCAAUCUCGCCAAUCUGAGAAGCAAACAAAUUACUAGUGCCAGACUACCGUUAUCAAUAUAGUGUAUUCAAUAAGGCGACGAGCAAGCAGUGUUGAACAACGAAUAUCAAUGACUUUGAGUAAGUAAAUCGGACUAUUAAAUGUGUAAGUGGUAUUAUAAUUUUUGGCUCGCGAUAUUAGAUGCUCUUUCUGCUUGUUGUUACGUAGCCUAAAAGUGGUUCCCUGUGUCUGUGAAGAUUGAAAGUAAAAAUCGGAGAGUUUUUAUACGCAAGUAUAGGACAUAUAUUUAUCCUUAUAUAUAGGCCUAUAUAUAGGAUAUAUAUUUUCAAUAUUUUGAAAAAUUACGUAUCAUGCCAUGGAGUGAUGGAUAUAUUAUUUAUGGUAAAAGUGGUUCCCUGUGAAGAUUGAAAGUUACGAUCGUACUAUAGUGGACCAGGCCGAACUGCGUGACCGAGUUCCGAUCUUGUGCAAAUCUGUAAACUUUCAAAAUCUUCGAGAUUUUGAUUGAUAAACAAACUGAACUAGACACUUGUGAAACUAAUGAUUCUCGAAUUUUGCAGCGUUGAUUGAGUUCGCUAAAUGUUUUGAUCAUGCAAGAUACUUUAUCCGGGCAAAAAUAUGUCUACAGUCUGGUGUUGUGUAUAGAAAUGAGGUGUAAAUCUGGACAAAGCAUCAAGAUAACUAAAUGCGCAGUUUUCAAAAAUAUUACCGCCCAUUCGAAUUCGAUAGAUGAGAUGUCCCACCGAAUAUUUAGAAUAAACAUGCAUGCCGUGCCUAAAUUUAACUUUUGCCAUACUUCAAAUUUUGCGGUCCCGUGCGUGCCAUUGCAAAAUAUUCAUUUGCAGCUCUGUAGUGUGCUUGCCGUGUAAACGGGACUUAACUCUUAAGUUAAGGUAACAAAUUAUCUGAAUUAUUGUUAUAGGCUAAUGCAGUUUUAUCUUUCUUAGUCAUGUGACUUCAUAACUGCACUGAUAUUAUAUGAUAGCCAGAUAGGAGUAAUUACUCCUCUGCGCUUUGAGAAACUAAACCAGCGUGUUAAAUUUAGUCAACUUAACGCUUAUAAUUAAUCGUUAUAAUUAGUCGUUCACAUUCUUUAGAAGUUUUAGACUGUUGCCUAUUGUGUUCACAACAACAGAGAAGACAAUGUCUUUCUGAUCGUUUGCAUUUGCUGAUAUAUUUGCUGAAUAUUAAUGAUAUGCAUAUACUACACUAUUUGCAACGAAUACAGUCAAGUCAAGUCAAGUCAACAAGAAAUUAAAGUCAUCCCAGAUUGUCCCAACCCCCCACAAGCAAUUUGUGGAAUAUGCGCCCCUGAUGGUACAUAUAAACAGGCAAUCUUGAUAGCCAAUUUUCACCCGCGAAUUCUUCCCUGUUUUUGCUUUUUGAACUCAAUACACUCAUACCAGUUACAACAGAUACUAAUAGUCAUGGACAUAGUCCAUAUAAAUGUCGCUACUGUAUAUAAACCAUUAAUCCACCAUUCCAUGGCAUGAUACGUGAUUUUUCAAAAUAUUGAAAAUAUAUAGGUCUAUAUAGAUAAUAUUAUUUGCAUAUGAAAACUCUCCAAUUUUUGGACCAGGAACUUGUCCCCAAUCGCUGCUAAUGUUGUUGUUGCUGUUGUUGUUGUUGUUGUUGUUGUUGUUGUUGUUGUUGUUGUUGUUGUUGUUGUUGUUGUUGUUGUUGUUGUUGUUGUUGUUGUUGCUGUUGCUGUUGCUGUUGCUGUUGCAGCAUGAUGCCCUUAGCUUAAUGUUCAACUCACAAUACUCGAACAUUUUUUGCAUGGACAAUGCAACAUGCCUGAGUUUCACAGUUCGCCACGUCCCUGACAGCGAAUGUUUUAAAUUGCUUCAAAAACGAUCGAUCUAUAGUAUUUUCAUUGGCGAAGUAAUUUUCAAAAAAUAGGUUGUGUAAGUCGAGAAAAUCAAACUUAAAGUUUAUGUAAAGCAAGGGAAAUCUCUAUCACAUAUAAACAUACGACACACGCCUAUGAUUAUUCUUUGUGUUUUCCUCCUCAUGAAUUAUUAAUGAGUUUUCAACAUAUACUUCGUGAUUUCAGCUAUUUCAAUUCACAACCCUUGACAAUAGGUUAUUUGGCAAUACUGAUCGGUGAUGGUGCCGGUCAAAGUACAGAUCCAGCGUUUUGGAUGUUCGCUUUACUAGACAGAUAUACAUCUCCUAGGGGGAUCAGCGGGCAUGCUCCCCGGAAAAUGUUUGAAAUUUUGGGUCUCUGAAACAGCAUUUCCUACGUUCUGACAUGACUUUCCUAAUUCAUUGAAUCAUUGAAAAAUUUAAAACGUUUCACGUUUUAAGAGUAUUUGUAAUUUGACCAAUACGCAGCUAAAACAAUGAUUUGAACGUGCAUACAUGAUUAUUUAAAUGCUUUUCCAUUUAGUGACGAAUAAGUCACGAAUUGAUCAAAAUGUAGGAUUAAUUUAUCUAACUUGAACAUGAUAGCUACAGUUUGCACGUAUUAUUCUGCAUGAAAUACAUUUAAUACACUACCACGUUUGUUGAUGCAGUCAUAGUGACAUUUAUUAUAACAGCAUUCUAGAAUUCUCUUGUCCUUUCUAUAAUUAUUUGCGCAUGACAACUGCAUGUGAAAGGGUGAAAGCUGAAUGCUUGCUGAUAUAUAUAUAUAUAUAUAUAUAUAUAUAUAUAUGUAUAUCUUCUUUACUUAGCAGACCAUGUAUACAUAUGGAUAAAAUAUUAAGAGCAAUCUAUUUACCCGUUUUACAGAUUAAUUUAUUUGUUUAUAUCAUCAUACUUGGAAUUCGAAUUUUGAAUGAUAUAUCUUUAUCUUCACACUGUAUAACAGCAACGUUUUCUGAUUAAUUUACAGUAACACCAUUUUAUAAAUUCAGAUAUUCUCACAUGGGACAAAACUUUAGUAUCGUUGUAUUGUUUACAAAUUAAAAUAUUAAAUUGAUUUCUUAAACUAAAAGAAUUAAUUCCGUGGGAAUUCUUAAGGAAUUCCUUUGAAAUUCCGUGAUAAUUACAUGUGAUUGUCUAUAGUAAUGAAAUUUUUAAGGAAUUUCGGAGGAAAUUUUAGAAUUUAGAUAGUUACAAACAUAGGUACUAAGCAGAUAUUCUCAGUGACAACUGUGAGACUGUUUCAAAAUAAAAUUGCAUUUUAAUUAUUAAAGAAAUGCAAGAAUGUCAAAGAAACCAAAUUGUAUACAGUGAAACUUUAAAGUGGGAAAGAGAUAGGAUGUUGAGAUACGGUUAGUGUUUUAAAAUCUUGAAAUAUAUGCUGUACAGGUUUUAUAUGGCUAACAUAUGUUUAUGGGAUUAGCAUUGCACUAUCUCGUGAAAAGGGAAUAUAGCGUUGAAUACAAACUAUAAAAACCCAAUCAUAUUUCACUUUAACAAGUAUGUAGAAAUGAGAAAAGUAAACUAGGGAAUUGAAGUAUCCCAAUAUUAAAUAGCCAAUUAAGAUUUUAGCAUUCAUUCAUCCAAAUCCCCCAUAACAUGCAAAUUUGAAUCAUACAGUGCAGUUGCAUCAAUCCUUUAAUUCUAUUUCCCUAUGGGCAGGGCCCAUCCCAUGCAAGGUUUAUAACAUAAAUUAUUUUAUAUUAUGAAUUUGCAUUUCUAUUGAAAAGAAACAUACUGCACAAAUGACAAGUCUUAUUUUCAGCAGACAAUUUUCAAUCCUUCAAAUAACUAUAAUUCUUUAUAUAGUAUACCUUGCAAUUCUAGAGGUAACACAUAAUAAGGCAGAAUGCUAACUAUAGUGCUUUAAUUACUCCACAAGAAAUAAGGGGCGAGGGAUCUUGGUAAACAAGUAUGUUUACCAAUCAAUCCCACUAUACCUUUUAAUUAUAAUGGCCACUGUGGUAAAAGCACCCCUAUAUAAUAUUAUUAUUUACCCUCUAUUUAACAGCAGAUAUUCUUACUCAUCAAGGGCAAUUUUGGACUUGAUGAGUAAUACGCAUACCAAAUACUAAACUGUUUCAUUACAUAUUUUAUGUCUGGACCUUUGACGUUGCAACAAAAUACGUUUGGGUGGGCUAAAAAAAUUUUCCAGCAUUCCAACGGUGGGGUAGCUGGGAAUUUUGUUUCGAAAAAGGUUGGGUAAUGAUUUUUCCGGCUGCAUUAUAUUUUCUCUUCGGCCCCCACCCCUGCCAUUAAUGACCGGUCCCUAAAGUAUAUAAAGUUUGAGUUUCGAAAUAAGGGUCGUAAAAAAAUCUGAUUACUAUCUGUUUUUAGGACAGUUUGAAAACCUCAAAAUCACUUUUUACAAUUUUUAUAGAGAAAUAAAAUAGCUACAAAAUGUGUAUUUUGAUGCCUUUUUUUAAGGUAGACUUCAUCGUGCCAAUUACACUCGCCUUUUCUCAUCUUUUCUACACAGCCUUUUCUUUUAUGGUAUAUAUAUAUAGAUUGUAGAGAUGAAUUUUUUGUUGGUAUUUUCUUGAUUACGACAAAUAGUUAUUAUCUUGGAUAAUUUUUCCUCAGAGUUUAAGCCCACUACCCUAUUUUUUGUUCAAUUCCAUAGCAGUACGAGGAUAAGUUCAGCGAAAUGUCCGUUUUGGUUGUUUUCAAGAAAAAAUAUUCUCGAACAAGAAAGCGCGCGCGAUAAUUUGGUCAGUUAAGGACAAUUUUCCAACCUGUUAUGUAAGAAUGCAUUGUCUUUAAUUGCUUCAGGCGUAUUUGCUUGCGCUGGAUCAAUUUUGUCGAUCUGGUUCCAUCAUUACUUUGGUUACAUUCAUACUUGAUUCGGUAUCAAGUCACAAGCACUUUCGAAUACUAAACGCUUGAAUAAUGAAUCUUAUUGCAGCUAUACAGAUUAGUGGGAAACUCUAAAGAUUUAAAGCCAAAAAAUAUAUUCUCUUUUCUCUAUAGUUUUGAAAAAUGGCGUCAAGUAUACAAGAGGUCGAAAAAAGCAUCGCUAACAUUAAUAAAGGCGCAGAUAAGAAAGAAGAGUUGCGAAUGAAGCUAGCUUCUUACGCCAACUGGGAUCAAUUUCUAUCUCCCGCUCCGUUGACCAUUGCUAUCUUGGGUCAGUUGAUGUUGGUUUCUGCUAGCGGCGACUUCAGCUUGCAGGACAAAGAAAAUCCAAUCAUGUUUAAACAUUUGAUGUACCCUAACUCAUUCCGUGCCUGUCUCGUUCAAAUUAGCAACGAAGGAUGGAAGGCUUUUAAUUUGGCUCAUACCAAUAUGGACCAAAUCCGUCUACAUUCAAGUAAUGUUGAUACCCAUGUUAGAACUGCUGUGAAAUUCCUCUUGAAAGGUUAGUAUCAUUAUCGUCAUUAUUUUUAUUCAUCUCUAUUAAUAUUACUAUAUAUUAAUAUUACCAUUAAUACCACACUAUACUUGAGCAUAUAGAGCUUCUAAAAUAAUUAUGCAAAUUAUGUUGUAAUUACUUGAUAUACAGGCAGUAAUUAAGAAAAAUCUGCCAAACACAAGUGCGAUUUUUAAUUAUUUUUUUGUGAACAAAUGUACCUAAUUUCCGUUCAAUAUAAUUUUAUAACUAAUAAUAAAUUUAUUUAAGUGUCAAUGUAUUUAGCUUAUAUAUUAUUUAUUACUAUUAAUAUUAUUAUUAUUUGGUGUUUAAUGAUACAUUUUCGCAUAAAAUAUGAAUUACAAUGUGUCCGAAGGUCAAAUCUAACUAAUAGUUAUUUUCAGGGUUAUAAAGGCUAAGCUAAAUUACAGUCUAUAAAAGUAUGGCAAUUAUUCAUUUUCAACCCAAAACAAAAGUUCUAUUUUUCACUGAAAUUACUUUAUUCACCUUGUGCAAGGUUGCUGACCUGUGUAAUCUCGUGUGUGUGUGUGUGUGUGUGUGUGUGUGUGUGUGUGUGUGUGUGUGUGUGUGUGUGUGUGUGUGUGUGUGUGUGUGUGUGUGUGUGUGUGUAGCAUCAGGGGAUGGUGGGCUCUUUGGGUUCCUUGAAAUAUAUCCUAAAUUUUCGUAUACAUCUAACCGUAUCAUAACAACCGUGAGUUUUUGUGAUCAUAAUAAUCUGCACAACAAGACAUACAAUUUUGGUAUGAAUAUAUCUUAUUAUGGAAAGUGUAAUACUGCCUUAUUUGUACGUCGAUGUCAACUGUAACAGCAGUGACGUACAGAGACCAUUGCGAUCCAACGGGGAAGGGGGUGUUCCCCUACAGCCUCUUUGCUUUACCGGCCAACUAAAUUAAACCAAUUAAUUUGCCAACAGGUCGGCACUGUUUUUUCCUACAUAAUCUCCAUUUUAUCGACGAGUUUUCUAGGCGUUAGUGGUGGUGGGGGAGAGUCGCACCCCCACAUCCCUAGCUCGGUACGCCCCUGUGUACGCCCCAGUGUUUAUUUUGUUGUAACAGUAAAUCGUUAGAAUUAUUAUAGAAGGAACAGCGUAAGAUAUGAUAUAAACAAAUUCUAAAUAGGUACCGCACAUGUACCACAUGUUACUGUACAUGUUACUACACAUGUUACUAUAUAUUUAUUAUAUUUUACUAUAUAAUUUGAACAAGUUACUGAUGUUUUUUUUAUAAACAUAAAAGUAUGUAUACUUUAUAAUAAUAAACAGCACUAGCAUAUAGUAACAGGUUGAAAAUGUCAACUUGUUCUACAUGUUACUGCUAUUUUUUAUCUAAAGUGUAUGUAGUCCUAUUUUUAUAGAAAACAGCAGUAACAUGUAGUAAUUUGUUGAAAUUAUGUAGUAAAAUGUAAUAAUAGGAUAGUAGCAUGUGCAGUACAUGUACAGUAACACGUGCAUGGCAACAUACGCAGUACCUAUUUAAAGACUUAUAUAGUAAAAAUGUAGUACACAUUAUAGUAACAUGAACAGUAACAUGUAGUAACAUACGGUAACUUGUCCUAUAUGUAAUAUAUAGAGGUUAAUGAAAUAGUCACUGCAAGCAGUUAUGUCUGGUACCUCCUACAUUUCGGUUGACGGAACAAUUUUUGAAACUCCCUCUUAAAAUAGGCGACAAUGCGUUAGUUGUUAACUUUUAAUUAUUAACUUUGAAAGAUCAUUUACAUUGUCAUUGCGCAGAAGCACGUUUUGUAAAUACAGGUUAAUUGUAUAUGCAGUAAGGGGGGUCAUUUUAUUCAUUUACACACAAAAUCUCCAAAGACUCCAAUUAUCAGACAAAAUAUAUACUGCCUAAUAUAUAGAGGCUGUUUAUAUGGUGCAAGCCAGCCUUGGGGUAUGGUGCAAGCCAGCCCUGGGGUACCCAAGGCCGGCCCAGUUUUGGCGGGAUCUUGCCUUUGUGGUUAUUUCCUAUUAAAGUUCACCUUGUGUAUAGUAAAAAUGUAGUACACAUUAUAGUAAAAAUGUAGUACACAUUAUAGUAACAUGAACAGUAACAUGUAUUAGUAUAAUUACAUAGGUGAUUAUUGAAAAUUCUCCACGCUGAUUGGUUGCCGUUGAGGUGAUUAUUACGCGAUAAUCACCUAAGCGAUUUUCAAAAUGGCGGCCGAAGCCGUUUUGUCAAUUAAAUGACGAAGAAAUGUGCAUUUUAAUUUUUUUUUCCAAAUAAUCACCUAUGAAAUUAUACUAAAACAAUUAUUCACCUCAGGCUCGGUGAUUAUCGUGAAUAAAAACCUCGACUUCGUCUCGGUUUUUAUUCACCGAUAAUCACCUCGCCUUCGGCGAAUAAUUGUUAAGUAACAUACGGUAACUUGUCCUAUAUGUAAUAUAUAGAGGUUAAUGAAAUAGUCACUGCAAGCAGUUAUGUCUGGUACCUCCUACAUUUCGGUUGACGGAACAAAUUUUGAAACUUCCUCUUAAAAUAGGCGACAAUGCGUUAGUUGUUAACUUUUAAUUAUUAACUUUGAAAGAUCAUUUACAUUGUCAUUGCGCAGAAGCACGUUUUGUAAAUACAGGUUAAUUGUAUAUGCAGUGGAUGAACCAGGGCCGGAGAUACGGGAGCAGGGGAGGAGUGGGGAGGUGGGGGUGACACCCCCGAAAUUUUAUUCAGUCGGCAGGACUGCUAUUCAGUCGGUAGGACUGCUAUUUGGGUCAAAUAUUUCCGCGCAAAGGGCAAGAUAUUUGGAUUUUUUGGGUAAAUGUCCGAAUUUUAGUAUGAAAAAUUGAGGUAAAGUCACUGGAAAGCAUUUGCAACAUACUCGUCCGGAAAAUUUUUUCCUAAAAAGUAUACAAAACCUUGAGUAUACACGAAAGAGUCUUUAUUAUCCAACGAACGGAUUAUUAUAUUAUUAAAGAGAUUUCCAGUAGAAGUAAAAGCAGACAGUGUAUGAUGUAAGUUUCUUGAUUAUCUCUUUAUAAUACUAUGAACCUUUAUGAAGCAAGUCUCCUAAAUAUUUAUAUAACAUGUAAAAUAUGUCAUGCUUUAGAACUUUAAUGAGUAUUUAUACACCGCGUCUCCAAAUAUCCCUGCUUAAUUUUUGCAGUCUUUAAAUUUAGAUAAUCAUGGAAAUAAUAUCCGUAGACUUUUUUAAAACGUAUCUUGUCUUACUAUAUUUUGUAAAGCCAUCUUAUUUUUAGUUAAUUCAAACGUCCGAACAUUCAACAUUAACACCAGCGAACUAUGCUCGCUGGUGUUAAUGUGUCUGAUUGUGUCCACACUAGGCAAGUGAAACGUUUGCUUGACCACGGCGGGAGACGAAGCCCGCACGCCCUUUGGUUUACUAGUUUAUUGCUCAGACAACCGAGCUACAAUCUCGGCCAAAACCUUCAUGGACACUCUAUUAAAACGUUCCCCUGUCGCGUCUUCUCGCUCUUUCGAGCACAAUAACAUACUCCUUCCACCCCACCCCCCCCACUUCCUUCUGCUUAAUGAAAGUCCUAAAAAAACAGUGUGGCCAACAAUAUUUGAGAUCAGUGGUGUUUGCCUGUGCGUAGUCAAAGCACGGUUAAAAAAACAAAGUUUAUAAAAAAACAUUUUUUUGCUUAACAAGACAAUAAUUAAGGUAAUAAGAUUAAAUAUAUCCAUUUUCAUUAUUAUUAUACCAUAAAAAUGUGCUUGAAAUCGUGUUUAAGGUGGAAUGCCCCUCAAAAAAAUUCUUUUGAACUCAUACAUCUUGUCAAAAUUUUAGUUGUAGAUAGAAAGAAAGUAUUCACAUUCGUUAGUGAGAAAAAAGGCUUGGUACUUUCUUUUAGACUCAAAACGCCAGCACUAA